AUGGUUGUUCUCAGCACUCAACUUGUUCUUCCCCUAUUGCACCACCAGGGGGAGUUCCUCAACUAUGACAUCCUAAUAGGAGUGAACCAAGGCGAGGGGCUGAAGUUUGUGGACGACAGCGAGGACAACGGACAACGGACAACAGUUCAUUUUAGCAACGUUUACUUCUAUCUUCCUGUUGCACAUCUCUUGACCACUCAUCUCUCAAAAAUGUUCUAUCCCUGUCAUUACUUCCCUCUUAACUUAUCACAAUUUUCUCUUUUUUCCCCUUUACCUUUUUAUUCCUGUCCCUUUCCCCCUCCCGCGUCUUCUCCUCCAGGCAAAGACAUCCUGAGGGAGACCAUUAAAUUCAUGUACACCGACUGGGCAGACAGGGACAAUGGCGACAUGCGAAGGAAGACCCUCUUAGCUCUGUUUACAGACCACCAGUGGGUGGCACCGGCAGUGGCCACCGCUAAACUCCACGCCGAGUUUCAGUCUCCGGUUUACUUUUACACGUUCUACCACCACUGCCAGACAGAGACGCGACCCGAAUGGGCCGAUGCCGCCCAUGGAGACGAGAUACCGUAUGUGUUUGGCGUGCCCAUGAUCGGUGCUACGGAUCUGUUUCCGUGCAACUUCUCGAAGAAUGACGUGAUGCUGAGCGCUGUGGUCAUGACUUACUGGACCAACUUCGCCAAGACUGGGGAUCCCAACCUGCCAGUCCCCCAGGACACCAAGUUCAUUCACACCAAGCCCAACCGCUUUGAAGAGGUCAUCUGGACCAAGUUCAACUCGAAGGACAAGCAGUACCUCCACAUCGGCUUAAAACCUCGUGUUAGGGACAACUACCGGGCCAACAAGGUGGCCUUCUGGCUGGAAUUAGUCCCCCACCUCCAUAGUCUACAUGAGGAGCUCUUUCCCACAACUACCCGCUCUCCGGCAGGCCCUGGCCCAGGCACCCACAGACCCUGGCCCAGAACACCGGGCCCUCGCACCACUCGUCACCCCUACCCUACCAUCCCCUCUGAACUGGAGCCUUAUGGUUCGGAGCGUCCACGCCAAGACCUCUUCCCUGGAGACACCCGGGAUUACUCGACUGAGCUGAGUGUGACAGUUGCUGUGGGGGCGUCGCUCCUCUUCCUCAACAUCCUGGCCUUUGCCGCACUUUACUACAAGCGUGACAAGCGGCACGAGAUGCGCCGCCACCGGCUGUCUCCUCAACGGGGCGGGCCUGCCAAUGACCUGGCUCACAGCCAGGAGGAGGAGAUCAUGUCGCUGCAGAUGAAGCACUCGGAGCACGACCCUCACCACGACAUGGAGCCACUCCGGCCCCACGACAUCCUGCGGCCCGCCUGCCCGCCCGACUACACGCUGGCGCUGCGCCGUGCCCCCGACGACGUGCCGCUGAUGACACCGAACACCAUCACCAUGAUCCCCAGUACCAUCACCAGCAUGCAGCCUCUUCAUGCCUUCAACACUUUCCCCUCCACCGGCCACAACAACACACUGCCCCAUCCCCACUCCACCACCAGGGUAUAGUAGGGACUGGCCCGAAACAGCGCCACCUAAGGACCAGGAAGACUGGCUCUGCCACUGAUCUAGAAGGGAGGCCUCUGAACGUGGGCCUUUGUUCUGUUCUCUUAUUCUCUUGUUUCUCCAAAAACAACUCCGCCUCCUUCAUCAUGCUGUCAAACUUAGCAGCUCCACUGGUGGUGUGUGGAGAAGCAACUAAACUGCACGGCAGCAGAUGAUCAGUUUGGGGGGUGACUUAGAUCUUUCAAAGAUACUGUUUUCAAAGGUCUGCUGUUUCCAGCCUAAAGCCCCUUGACAUUUGUCAAAAGGACUAAUGCUUUUUGGCCCUUGCAGUUUUCAUCAUUUUCUUCUUUUCUCUCCCAAGUGUGUUAUGUGCAUAUAUUGUUCUCUUUUCUACAUCUGUGUCUUAUCCCUGCUUUGUUCCUCUCAUUCGACAUGUGAUUCUCUCCCUCUCCCCAGCGCUCCUCAGCUCUAAGGACUCACAAACGACUGAGCUGCAGGAGCAGGCAUAGAGUACAUACAGUAAUCAUAUAGCUAUGAAGACAUUGAUAAAUCUGAUACUUUCAUUCUACCAGCAUUCUUGGUGCCAAGUAUGUACUACUGUGUUUGCUUUCUCAUUGAGAAAGAAAAAAACUAAAGAAAAUUCUAGAGUAUUGCUAUUUACUGUCAAUUAACAGAUGCUGUGUGUUCUCAUGACAAAGUGCCAAACUGGCCCUUGAUUGUGUUUUUUUUCUUUCUCUCAUCUUCUGUUUAUUUUUUUCAAGCAUUUGUUUAAUUGUUGUUUUUGUGGAAAGAAAUUUUUGCUGAAAAUAUAGAUAUAGAGAAAUGAUAUUAUAUAUAUAGUUAUAUAUAAAUGUGUACAAAGGAGAAAGUAUAUAAAUGGGUUUUCUCAGUGGGGAUCUAUGCAUGAAUUAUUUUUAAAGAGGAUGACAGGGGGGGGGGGACACUGUAUCUGUCAAUGCACGUUUCCCAAAUCUAAUCAAAUCAUAUCGGUCCACUCUGGAUAUUUAGUUUUUUGUUUUAUCUCACAGAAAAAGAACAUCACAGACAAUCCUCUAAGUACCCCCAACAAACCCUCUUCACCUGCCAACACCCAUUUAUAAAAAGAAAAAAGAGUAAUUAACACAAAUCUCAUAAGAUGAACAGCUGUGAACGUACUCUUCCAAUCAUUUACCCCGACAUGAUGUUAUUUAGAGUUUGUUUCCAGGUAAUACAGCACGCCCACCAUCCUACAGGAGCUACUUUUUCUUCCCAUCUGUAUGGAGAUGAUCGUUUUUAGGGUAUGUGAGGUACCAACUCUGUUGUUGUAGCUUGCCUGUACAGAAUUAUUUUUGUAUUUCAGUAAGGGUGAGAAACAAAGCAGAAACAGGCAGCCUUUGCUCUUCUACGUACACGUCCUUCUCCUGUCUGCACCCCUAUUUCCAGCAUGUGUGUGUGAGUGUGUGUGCGGGUAUGUGUGGGUGUGGGCCCUAAUUAGACAACAAAGAGAUGGAGAGGCAGACAGGCGGGAUCCCCCCCAUGGUAAAAACUUAGACUCCAGAAUGAGCUCCUUCCUGCUGCGUCCGCAAACAUCCCCCUCCAUAUCAACAGUACUUCUCCUCUUUCCGUCAGUGCACUAGCGUUGUAUUCUUACACCCGUAUUGCGGUGAUCCCCCGCGUUCAACUCCCUGCUGUGACCACAAAACUCCAAAACACCUGACUUCACUGUGUCAGCUACGUUCUACACAAUUUCUGACCUCAGUUCAGCUCUGCUCUUAUCCUCACAUUCAAGGGUUAGUUCACUCAGCUAGUGACUUUUUUUGUGAGCUCAUCAGUUGUAAAUUAAACUUUAAGCACACGGAGGGUAACCGUGGGCCUUCACGGCCUGCGACGCGGAGCUGCAAGAUGAAAAGGGGGCUCGGAUCUCCUACACAGGGUAAAAGCUGAUUCUGUUCUUUUCUUUCGGGUAAGAAUGUGCAGGCCUACAGCUCAGCCCCCCCCCCCCACACACACACAAAUCUCUGCUGGAUCUCAAACAUGGAUCAUGGGUAAUACUCUGGUAAUACAGUACGUUAAUGAACUAAUGUGCUGUUGUUUGAGCCCACAGGAACACAUGGUAGCCUUCAUCCAGUAUGGGAGAAGUUAGUCACCGGUGCUGUCUUUGCUUGUGCUCUAGCUUUAGCCUGUUUAUUUUGUUUGUUUUCUAUUUUAUUAAUGCCUAACGGGUGGAGGGGGAGGGCUGGAGAGGGAGAGACAUACCUGGCUGCUCCUGUCAGAGAUUUUGUAAGCCCACUGAAAAGGAAAUGUGCACAAUGUAAAACACAAAACAACUGACUUGGGUGUGCGGCAGGUGGAUAAAUGCUGUGGAAUAGAUGAUGGACAGCGAAAGGAAAGGUGCACGCCGUGGAAAAGAGACUUUGGGAGGAAAUUGGAAAAAGACUUGCAGCCUUAAAUGUAGAAAUCCCAAUCAAAAGAGAGGUUGAACUAAUCAUUAGCAAAUAAGGACAUUCAAAGGCAUGGCCAUGUUUCUACCCACAAUGUUUGCCAGGAGGACACCUUGCUCAUCUGUCCUACGGAGGUCUGAUACGUCUGAUCAGACCGAGAUGAACCCUUUUGUACUCACUCCUGUGGAUAAGGAGGCAGUGAGGGGUUGUGAGGUAAACCUCACCACAACACAGCUACAAUGACACCACCAGAGGUGAAAACAGAAACAAGGUCUUUAGUUUGGUCUGUUUUCCCCCGUCUAUUUUAUAAGCUAACACUGGAGGGCGCCAUUGUGGCAGCUUCACUGCAGUCUGCCCGCUCUGAGGAAGCUGGACGUGUGAAGAAAAAUACCAAACUGGAUAGCAGGACAGAGACACACAACAUCUGGAAGAGGAUCAAAACUGUACAUUUUUAAGUGUAAGAAUCAAACAGACAAAAAUAUUUGUAAAUAUUAAGUUUCUUGUUUGUUUUUCUUUUUUUCUUUUUGAGUGAAUGAAUGAAAUGCUUAUUUUGUGACGACAAAAGACAACAGGUGCAGUUUGCAACACAAAAAAAAGGCCACUAGCUUGAGCUUUCACAUUCACUGGUGAUUUAAAAAAUGCUUACCGCCGAUCUCUUUUCAUGCCAUUAGAAAAUGAUCUUUUUCUUUACUUUGUUUCAUGUUUCAUGUUUCAUGUUGCCCAUUAUCACGGGGGCAUCCUGUAGCAUCAUGAUUCCUAAGCAGGAAAGUUACUGUAGCAGAAAUUCAUCUCCACUGCAGCCCCCACACAACAGAGGGCCUAAGAUGCUGUAGUUAGUGUUUGCUAGUUUGAAUAUUAGAUUUUAAAAUGUGAAAAAUAUAGUUUAAGUCAUUGUUCUUGGUUUGUAGUAGAGGGGUCAACUACACAGCUUUUUUUCCUCUUCGUUUUUGGUUCAAGCUUUAGCAAACUAUUAUUUUGAAAUAUAUCUUGUGAGACAACUAUUCUCCUGAUGAAUGUGUGCUGCAUGAUCUGUGUCUUCAGAGCAUUUAUGGAAACAUCUUUAUAGGCUGAAUGAAAGCCAGGUAACUUAUGUUGCCGUGGUGUAGGGAACUGGCGUGUGAUUCAUGGUCAGGACUUCAAAACUGAGACACUACAUGCAAAGUGCAAACAGUUAAAUGCUCGAUUCACAUGUAGCAGUGUUCACAUGUAGCCACUUAAUCACACGCGGGGCCGACACGAGGGCUUUGAUACCAUAAGAUGCCUCCGAGAGUAAUGAGAUCCCACCGGUGGUCUGAAGUUUUCCUUCCACACACUGUGUCGUUGUGUGAUUGUGGAGGUUGUGUGUGAUGUAGCAGUGAAGUUUGUUCAGUUUGGAGACGGAUGACAUUUGAAGUAGAUCUGAAAAGUCCAGUGCACUGUCAGUCUAAACGUGUGUUUACCAGUGGAUCGGACUGGAUGUAUCUGGACACACGCCCUGAAAACUGCAGUCAGCCAAGCAAAGCAAAAGCACUUCAUAUCGCUGAGGUUAUUUAGAGACCCUGUGUGAGGGCAGUGGUGCAUGGACACACGCAUAGAUCUCCGGCUCGGUCCCCAUUGCGGAGUUGCACCUGUUGUCUUGUUUUUACAUUCUUUGUUGAAUUCAGAAACCCAAGACUUGAGAUGAAGAAAAAUGUUAAAUAAUGGAAUUUAAAAAAAGAUGAUUAUUAAAAAAAAAGUAUAGUUAAACUAUAUAAAUAAAUGAGGUGAUGAUAUUUCUGUUUACUUUAGAAGUUAUUAUACACUGUAUGCUGUGAUUCUGAUCUGGGAAACAUUAAAGACAUUCAUAGCCAG